AACAAAGAAUUACCGAGCACCCACAGAUCGUUUUUCUGGCGCAAAGUGCUAGCUACAACAGGAGUGUUUGGUUUAGGCAAGGUUAGGUAGCAGGCGACCUUAAAAAAAAAAUGGCAUCCCGCUAAUCCUCGAGGACCCUAGUUUUGUGGAUCGUGCCACAAAUCACCGGGGUGGCUUCACCUCUCAGUUCGGAAACUAGAUCGGCAGCCGAAAGUGAUGGCUCAACUCGCCAGUAGUAGUGGCAUUAAUAAACAGGAGCUUUACGGAUGAAGUGUUGAGAGUUUUAUCAGGAUUUCUUUAAAAGGCAAAUUCCUCCUCUGCGCUGCUCUUGUAGCUUAAUUUAAGGAUUCUAUCGAUGCGAAACUGUGGUUGUCGAUGCCAAAGAAUGGAGGUUGGAGGAAGGGAAGACUGCUUUUCUUGGAUGCAGAUUUGCAUUUCUUCUAACAUUAAAGCAGAUGUAUGCAUUCCCUUGAGCUAUUACAGAUUAUAAACCUGCCCCUAGGAAAAUGUUUUCCAUGCGAAGUGACAGCGUGAUUUUAUUCUUAAUGGACUCAACCUAAAUAUAUACUUAGCCAACUAUUUGGGUUCCUUGUGUGGUAAGGGCUCUCCCCACACCCUUACUAAGCACUAUUCAUACACACACCCAACUCCUGUGCUUAAGUCUUCAAACACUUUAGAGCUACAGAGCAAUUUUGGAUCUAGAAAAGGGACAUAAUUUGGAAGGAUGAUACAAAUUACUUUUAAGAGUCUAAUAUGUUAGGCAGUCUUGGCUGUCUGGUCCCUUUAAUGCCGUUUUCAGAAUUCAACUCAACAGCCCCAGUUUCUUCCCUGCUAUUAACUACAUCUCUUGCUUCAGUGGAAACCAGUAUUCUUCCUUUAAAAUUAACACUGGAAGGAUUUUUGUUUUGCAAACCCCCAUUUGUUUGAUAAAAAGGGGGAAGGGAACGGUAAACAGGAAGGGUGCCAGUUCUGUCAUUGGUUCUGAUUUACUCAGUUAUUUUUGCCUUACAGUGAGACCGAAGUGCUGUCUAGAUGUCAUUUUAGUUCACAAUGAUGGCACUCCAAAACUACAAAUAAGGGCCCUGUGGAUUUUUUGUUUUGGUGGGCCCUCUGGGUGGUGUGUCUCUUUACUUCUAACAUAAAAUAAAUGCAUUACAGUCUGACAUAAUUUUUUUUCUUCCUUUUGAGUUAAAAAAAAUUUAUACAUCCCUGAAACAUUUAAGGAAGCCAUCCUCAAAAGUUGAAGUUAACAGGUUAAAAUUGGACAAGGAUCCACCACCUUUUGACAGGUGUUUGGGAGCAUCCCCAAUACACAGUUCUGACAGUAUUUCAUGACAAUGGAUGGCGAUAGCUCGACGACAGACGCUUCUCAACUGGGCAUUUCCGCGGACUACAUAGGAGGGAGCCACUAUGUUAUACAGCCUCACGAUGAUACUGAGGACAGCAUGAAUGAUCAUGAAGAUACAAAUGGUUCAAAAGAAAGUUUCAGAGAACAAGAUAUUUAUCUUCCAAUUGCAAAUGUGGCUAGGAUAAUGAAAAAUGCCAUACCUCAAACAGGAAAGAUUGCAAAAGAUGCCAAAGAAUGUGUUCAGGAAUGUGUGAGUGAGUUCAUAAGCUUCAUCACGUCUGAAGCGAGUGAGCGCUGCCACCAGGAGAAGCGGAAGACGAUCAAUGGGGAGGACAUCCUUUUCGCCAUGUCCACCCUAGGCUUCGACAGCUAUGUGGAGCCUCUGAAGCUGUACCUCCAGAAGUUCAGAGAGGCCAUGAAAGGAGAGAAGGGCAUUGGUGGAGCCGUCUCGGCUACUGAUGGGCUAAGUGAGGAGCUCACAGAAGAAGCCUUCACUAACCAGUUACCAGCUGGCUUAAUAACUGCAGAUGGCCAACAACAGAAUGUCAUGGUUUACACAACGUCCUACCAACAGAUUUCUGGUGUCCAGCAAAUUCAGUUUUCGUGACCUGAAGAAAUGAUGGAAGAGGCUGUGGAGAGUCCAACCGAGUCUGGAGCCGGCCUCGGGAGGAAGUGAGGGCCAGGUCGCCUGUUUGUACAGUAAGCAGCUGUAAUGUAGCUUCCUGAUGCUUGACUCAUUGAGGUGUUAAUUCUGACUUGAGAAUCUUUUUCAUGGAUAAUUUUAAAGAAAAAAAUUGGACUUCAAAAGUAUUAAAAUAUUUUUGUUUUGUAUGAGAGUUUGUUGCUCUGUAUGACGCCUGUAUGCAUUGUAUAUUGCAAUUUAUUCCUGUCAGAGAUUUGUAGACAGUUUCUUAUUUUCAUAUUGAAUCAUGUUAUUUUGUAAUUCAAGUAAGCAGCUGGGUUAAUUCAUGAUGUUUGCCCUUUUAAUAAAAUAUGAGGGUAGAGUUCA